AAAAAAAACGCCCGUCUUUUGUCUAGUUUUCUGCCCGGCCACUUUGCGAUCACACCGUUUCCUGUCUGGACUCCUUGAACCCCAGGCUGGGGCGCAGGUGUCCGGGUGGGUGGGGCGUGCGUGCGCAGGUGCAUCCCCAGCAGACUGGCGCGCCCCUGACCCCCCAGCUUCCUCCAAGUGUCCUCCCCCCCACCCCUUCAUCCCUCACUAUCUCUUAUCUCUCCUCCCAGGCCCGCCUCUGAUCGCUAGCUCUGCUGACCCGGCCUCUGUCCCGGACCAAAUAGACGAUGAGCAGCCACGGCAACAGCCUCUUCCUGCGGGAGAGCGGCGGGCGGCUGGGUGGGGCGGGCUGGCCGGGGCGGCUGCGGGAGCGGCUGCGGCAGAGAGCGCUGCGCACGCGCCUGCAGCUGCAAACGUUGACCCGCGAGCACGUGCUGCGCUUCUUGCGUCGGAACGCGUUUAUCCUGCUGACCGUCAGCGCUGUGGUCAUUGGUGUCGGCCUGGCAUUUGCCUUGCGUCCAUACCAGCUCACAUACCGUCAGAUCAAGUACUUCUCCUUCCCCGGAGAGCUUCUCAUGAGGAUGCUACAGAUGCUAGUGCUGCCGCUCAUCAUCUCCAGCCUGGUCACAGGGAUGGCGUCGCUGGACAACAAGGCGACUGGCAGGAUGGGCAUGAGAGCGGCCGUGUACUACAUGGUGACCACCAUCAUUGCCGUCUUCAUCGGCAUCCUCAUGGUCACCAUCAUUCAUCCUGGCAAGGGCUCCAAGGAGGGGCUUCACCGCGAGGGCCGCAUCGAGACCAUCCCCACAGCUGAUGCCUUCAUGGACCUGGUCAGAAAUAUGUUCCCACCCAACCUCGUGGAGGCCUGCUUCAAACAGUUUAAGACACAGUACAGCACAAGGGUGGUUACCAGGACCGUCGUGAGGACAGAGAAUGGCUCUGAGCUGGGCGCCUCCAUGCCUUCCCCGUCCUCGGUGGAGAACGGAACCAGCUUCCUGGAAAACGUCACCCGAGCCCUGGGCUCCCUCCAGGAGGUGCUGAGCUUCGAGGAGACGGUCCCCGUGCCUGGCUCUGCCAAUGGCAUCAACGCCCUGGGCCUGGUGGUCUUCUCAGUGGCCUUUGGACUCGUCAUCGGUGGCAUGAAACACAAGGGCCGGGUCCUCAGGGACUUCUUCGACAGCCUCAAUGAGGCUAUUAUGAGACUCGUGGGCAUUAUUAUUUGGUACGCGCCUGUGGGCAUCUUGUUCCUGAUUGCUGGGAAGAUCCUGGAGAUGGAAGACAUGGCCGUCCUCGGGGGCCAGCUGGGCAUGUACACGCUGACUGUCAUCGUGGGCUUGUUCCUCCAUGCCGGUGGUGUCUUGCCUCUCAUCUACUUCCUCGUCACCCACCGAAACCCUUUCCCCUUCAUCGGGGGCAUGCUACAAGCCCUCAUCACCGCCAUGGGCACGUCUUCCAGCUCUGCGACUCUGCCCAUUACCUUUCGCUGCCUGGAAGAGGGCCUGGGGGUGGACCGUCGCAUCACCAGGUUUGUGCUGCCUGUGGGAGCCACUGUCAACAUGGAUGGCACUGCCCUCUACGAGGCCUUGGCCGCCAUCUUCAUUGCUCAAGUCAACAACUACGAACUCAAUCUGGGCCAGAUUACAACGAUCAGCAUCACAGCCACAGCGGCCAGCGUUGGGGCUGCUGGCAUCCCCCAGGCGGGUCUGGUCACCAUGGUCAUCGUCCUCACGUCGGUUGGCCUGCCCACGGAGGACAUCACACUGAUCAUCGCUGUGGACUGGUUCCUCGAUCGCCUUCGCACCAUGACCAACGUGCUGGGGGACUCCAUCGGAGCGGCGGUCAUUGAGCAUUUGUCCCAGCGGGAGCUGGAGCUGCAAGAGGCCGAGCUCACCCUCCCCAGCCUGGGGAAGCCCUACAAGUCGCUCAUGGCUCAUGAGAAAGGGGCCUCCAGAGGGCGGGGCGGGAACGAGAGUGCCAUGUGAGGGGAGUGGGGACUUCCAGCUCCGCCACGCAGUGAGGACAGAAAGGGGCCUUGGGGAGGGAGGGGGUCCUGAUGGUGGUUUGGGUGCAGCAGGAGCGCGCGCGCGCACACACACACACACACACACACACGAGCUCUGCCUGGCUUCUUUUGGGGCAGGGGGCAGCUGGGAGAACCGAGAUAAAGGAGCCGGUGUGGAAGGUGUCUGAAGCCUCUGUUCCCUCUUUG